CGUCUCUGUCGAAGUAGUCGCGUCUCACCAUUCCUUGGGUUACGGGUUGCUUGAGGAGCAUAGCUUCGAACGCGCGGGAUAAUAUUAAAGGAGACGUUGAAACGAGAAAAGUACAUGGUUGCUGAUAUUCAGAAGGAAAUACAGGAAAUUCUGCUAGAAUACAAGAGAGGCGUAUAAGUCUGGUUCCGUCACGGCACCGCGUUCACCCCGACCGAAGCCUUUGUCUCCGUAUAGGUACACGAGAAAUUUGAGUGAUAUAAUUCAUUAAAAAUGUCAGACGAUAAUUCAUCUAUUGUUGAGGAACAAAAAAAGAAGCGAGGGAGGCCAUCAAAGGCAGAUAAAAUUGCAGCUAGAGAGUCUAAAAAAAGAGGAAGACCAGCUAUGGACAAAAAUAAUGCAGUACGCGCUGCAAAAUCUGAUAAUGAAGAUGAUACAUCUACUCCUGUCAAAAAGGCUAGGGGAAGACCAAAGGGUUCUCACAAAAAGAAGCCGGGAGCCCAGAGAGCCCCUUCAGGUAAAGGUCGUGGUAGACCAAAAAAGAAAGAAGAGAAAGCAGAAAGCACUGGUGAGGAAGAAGAUGAUCAGGAGGAGGAAGAAGAAGAAGAAGAGGAGAAUUGAAUAUAAGAAAACAACUUUAAUGUAUCAGACUUAUGCUUU